CAUGCAUGCAAUAAAAAAACAGACAUUUAAUAUUCUUGGUAAAAUAUCAUGCAUGCAGUGUAACUGUAACAGUGUAAGCUUUGUAUCGACUUCGCUACAGCACAAGGAAAACCAAGAAACGAAAGUGAAUAUUACCAAAGUACAAAGCACUAUGGCUACUGUGUCAGAUACUGCUCCUGUGAAGGCUGUGAAGCAAUGGGAGAUGCUGUUAGAGUGCUCGAUUUGCACUGAAACACUAACUCAACCACGGACAUUAUCAUGCUUCCAUUCGUUUUGUAAACACUGUUUAGGGAACUUUGUUGCGGCUCACCGAAAGAAAGCAGCCAAAGCAAAAGCCAAAGCACCAGAGGUCUUUGAAUGUCCAGUAUGCCGAACCGAGUUUCACGUCAAAGAGGGAGAAAGCGUCGACAAGAUGCCAUCAAACCACUUUAUCAACAACAUGCUGGAAUUACUCACUCUACAGCAACAAGCCGAAGAUGUUAAAUGCCAGUCUUGUAGAGCUAAAAAUCCGGCCAUGAGCAGAUGUAUAUCAUGCGAGAAUUAUCUGUGUGAAAAAUGCAUGGAAGUCCACAAGACCUGGCUUCCCUUUGAACAUCAUAUUGUGUUGACGUUGGAAGAAUUAGCAAAGCCUGAAAACCGAGCAAAAGCAAGAGCGAAACCUCGUUGUGAGAAACACGACAAAGUCCUCAAGUUUUACUGCGAAACAUGCAAAGCACUUGUUUGCCGAUAUUGCGUGGACGUCAGUCAUGCACGUUUAGAACAUUUGUGGUUUCCUUUGGCAGACGUUGUUGUACAGUACAAGGAGGCAUUGAAGACAUCGUCCGCCAUCUUUGAGCAACAAAUGAACGAGGCUGUUCAAAGCAAUCUGAAGAUAGAACACGCUAUCGGGACCCUGAAGAAUAACACAACGAAAGCCAAAGCCGCCAUUAUGUAUCAACAAGAGGAAAUCCUGAAUGCAUUUACCAAGAAACUCGAGGAGGAAACGGUAGUCUUGCUUGACCAGGCUGACAUGACAUACAACGAAGCUAACGAGCCCCUGCUGAAACAACAAGCCGACGUAAAAGCUUUUUUGGAAAAAACGAAAAGCUCGCUCGAUUUUGCCGAGAAUAUCAUCACCAAUGGUAGCGAUGAGGAAAUUAUUUCGCUUAAAUACGAAGUGGAAGAAAAAGCUGGGAAUAUUGAGAAAGAACGACCAGAAUUAAUGAAUCCAGUACACAAUGACGCCAUUGAAUAUCAAGCAAAACCAACUGAAGAUGUCCUCGAGAAUGUAAAGUGGAAUAAUAUCGGGAAAAUUGGUAUGUUUAAUUAUUAUUUAGAAAUAAAUUGUUUGUUCCAGUAAUUCAGAGUGGAGCUAUUAAAAAUAUUGCCUACAUGUUUCAAUACAAUAUAUACAUAUUGCAAUGCAUUUGUGAUAUAUGGAAUCUUCAAAGUCUCAACUUAUUAAGGAUCGCAUUAAGUGUACCAAUACAUCAAUUGUACCAAACUGGAAAGUUUGUUUUGCACAAUCGUGAGAUUUCGAUUUUAGACUAAACGCGCUCAGGCGUGCAACUCAGUUGGAACUAUUCAUAGCACUCAAAACAGAGUGCGAGAACAAAAUACCACAGUUUGACUUUCAUAAUAUAUUCAAAUUGAAGUGUAAUCCCUAAUGGGACAUGAUAGCUAUAAAUAAGAUGAUUCUCACGCAUUCACCACUUCAAAUUCAAUCGCCUCACAAAUUUGAAUUAAUGCACCAAUUCGUUAAGCAAAUAUUCUAAGACAAUUAAUAAAACAACUAUGGCACACAUAAUGUUGUGGGAGAAGGGUUGUCAAAGAGAAAUGCUCCGAUUAUACUUUAAACUGUGGCCGAAUUGUCGGUUCCACAGACUCACUCAGUGGCGGCGCCAAUGCGCAGGCCUCAGAAUUGGGGGGGGGGGCAUUUGAGGGGCAAACUCAUAUUUGGGGGGGGCAAGAUAGAACUUUUAAAAACUGAGGUACUGCUAUUUGCGGCAUGCCUUUGUCACAGGACUUUCGCCCUCCCCCCCCCCCAAGAGAUUCGCCCCCUCUCAGAAGGGGGGCGAUAUUCCUAGGAAUAAAUAUCGCCCCUCGGGGGCGAAUAUUCUAGGAAUAUCGACCCCCAGGGGGCCGAAUACCCUAGGAAUAUCGACCCCAUUCAGGAUACUGCCCCCCCCCCCCCUUACACGUUCGAGAAUUUAACUUUGCAAAACUAAAGCUUUUUGUCUUUUUUGAAACGUAUUAUUGGAGUAUUGGCAAGUUUUACCAUUCAGAGACUUACAAACUAAUAUUAAAACUGUAAAAAACAGUUUCAUGUAUACGCCCAUUUACUAAUGAGUAAUGACAACUUAUAAGCCAUAUAAUUUCCGAUAAUGACAAAACGCUUGUGUAUCCUUUAUUCGCUCUCAGUGACUAAUAUUUUUUUGAGGGGGGGGGGACAAAAUGGGGUGGGGGGGAAAAAUAAUUGGGGGGCAUUUGUCCCCCCUUGCCCCCCCCCCUGGCGCCGCCACUGGACUCGCUAUUAAUGUGCGACUGUGCGUCUCACUAAUUAAAAUUUGCGUGUUUAAUAAUAAUGUUUAUCAAAGAAGGCAAAAAUAUAUACAAGACAACCUCACAUGUGGAAUCUGUUCACGGAUUACGCACUGCCUUGUGAUGCAGUACAAGUAUAAAUACAAAUGACAAAGCAUGAAAUCCUAAAACAUAAUUAAAUCAUGCGGCACAUUCAAGAUUUUAGUAUCGUAUUUCAGCCGCGUUUAUACUGCUUGGCGCAUUCGCUGCGUUGUAUUCAUUUAUAUACACACAGAUUUAUUACUAAUAAAUCAACACUAUAUGGUAAUAUAGAACUCGCAAAGUGCAUAUAAAAUAAACCUUUUUGAAGCAUGUCAUUGUCAUUGCAGACCAGAGGCAAAAAGCAUUGUCAACCACAUACCAAAUUUAAGCAAUCGUAAAAUCAUAUACAUGGAAAGAAUAUGGAAAUAAUGUUGAAUGAAAGCAUCGCGUAUAAUGUUAAAAGUACCGCGUAUAAUGCUCGAACCACUGCGUAUAAUUGCUAAAGCACCGCGGUAUAUAAAUGGUGAAAGCACCGCGUAUGAUGGCGAAAGCACCGCGUAUAAUGCUCGAACCACCGCCGCAUAAUGGCGAAAGCACCCAACAAACUGCCGUUUGAUCACUUUAAGCUAGCUGCCUAUUCGCCUUGUGCCUGACCGCGCUGCACCACGGUCAAAAUUCACUGGUACCGUCAUGCAAGGCGCCAAAUAGAAAAUUUUGAUUUCGUCCCACAAAACAAAAUUAGGAUCUCCUGCCUUGCUCGCUCGCUUCAGGCUCGCUCGCUGCGGCAGCAAUUACACAUGAUUAAUUUAAGGCCCCAUGCAUUCACAUGUAUCCACGAUAGGAUUCGUUUGUAUCCACGGAACAUUUUGUUGCGGAUAUAUUCCGUCCACAUGUAUUCGGCGAAAACGCACACCGAAACCGCGCAAGCGUUCGAAAACGGUGUCCAGAAUGGAAACUGUUGGCCAACGCAGCGAAUCCGGUUGCGUGCGAACGCACUGUAAUAUAUGGGAACGUUUUGAAAACGAUUAAACGAAAUCUAUAUAGUAAGGAUAAUCUAGCUCUGCAAGAUAAUCUGGAAAUCGCCAUGUUGGAGCUUUAAACCUUAUUAUAGUUCUAUCUGCGGGUACCAAUUUAAGAUCUGACGGCCCAUCAUCAACCCAAGAUUUCAAAAUAUUUUGGUGAAACGACCUUCAUAAGUGUUCCCAGUUAUCACACGCGCUGCUCUCCUGUGCAGUUUGAAAGUUUUGUAGUGAUGGCAACGUAGUCACAAACAGUCAAUCCGUUAAAAAAACGAGGCAAUACGUAUGCGUUGCACAUUUUUAUCAGAGUAUGCAUGCCUUGCGACAAAUUUUUUUGCCCUUUUCAACAAAGCAAUAUUAUUCGCGAUUGUUUUACACUGUGAUUCCCUCUUCUAAUAUUGCUUGACCAGUCUUGUGUUCAGUCUUUUCUGACAAGGGGAGAGAGGGGAAAUAUCCCAGGGUAUUCAAAGCAUGUUUGCUUCUCUGGUUCUUGACCUUCCUCCUUAGCAACACUAUAUAUAUAAGCAGGCCAGUAAUUAUUUAAUGUAUUUUGCAGACUAAUAUUUUACAGUUCAGUAUUUGUUCUACUAUAGCACGCACCCGAAAGUUUGAAGAACAUGACAUUUUGGCUACAAAAGAAAGAGCUGAUCAGAUUUUAUUGCCUUUAAUGCCAUCUCGUGCGUUUAAUAACAAACUCCAUGAGCACCUGCAAAACGAAUUUGGUGACAACAUCGAAAUGGCAACUGAUGCAAUGAGGAGACACUCGAGCUUUGAGAAACACGUAAUUGUUCCUGGUGGAAAUUCAGAACGUGGUGCCGAUCAUGAACUAUAUGACGAUGACGACGGUGAUCAUUCUAUUUAUGAUCAUAACGUCAGAUACCCACCUAAUCGUAACUUGGACGAGAACAAGGAAUUCUUGGAUUUGCAGCCCAAGAGUCAAGGUUGCCAAAAUGAACAUCAUGAUUACAGUCCCAAUAGCGGUUUUCCCUCCCUGCGCCCUGUAAGCUAUCUCGAUCAUGAAUUAUAUGGCGAUGGCGACGGUGAUCAUGCUGUGUCACCACCACCAAUGUCAGAAAGCAAUUAUACGUAUAUUUAGAUAGAACCACAUUGGCCUCCAUGCCCCGUGCGUUUAAUAACAAACUCCAUGGCCACCUGCAACACGAAUAUGGCUACAACAUGGAACUAAAUGGCAACUGAUGCAAUGAGACGCGCGAGCUCUGAGAAACAAGUAGUUGCUCGAGGUGGAAAUUCAGAACAUGACAGCAGUCACCUUCACGAAAAUACUACAACGGUCGGAAAAGACAUUCUGGCUGGAAUAGAGCGAGCUGACCAGAUUUUAGCUACACGUAUGGCAUAAGCGGAGAAUAUUAAACAAAAUGUAUUAAAUAGAAAUUCAACACCAAGUAUUAUUCAAGGUGAUUAUAAAACAUAUAGUCAGAGAAGUAGAUGGAGAAAGGGUAAGAUAUAAAGAAGACUUUGAACACAAGAUGACUGACGGCAAACUGCUUGGACUGGGUCCCGUUGAUGCAACUAACAAUUUUCAAGGAAUGGAUCCAGGUCUUUUCUGCAGUUUCUGUGGUAACCCAUCUGAUUAUGAAUGUAGGAAGUGCGGGGAAUUUGUUUGCAAUGAGUGUUUUGGAAGGAUAUUCCAAGAAAGACCAUGCCAUGAGAAUGAACAUGAAUUAUAUUGUAUCAAAAGCGCAUCGGUUUGAAUAUCAAUUUGGGCUUAUAUGAAGUGAACGCAAAAUGUAACAUUACCGGGUUUAAAUCUGUAACGACUAACGACCACAAGGACAAGUCACAUAUAUUUACAUGUAUAGAUAGAUAGAUAGAGACUUUAUUUAAAGAGGGUGACACUUAAUAGUACGAAGUACUAAUGAACUUGUGGCCCUCAUAAAAUUUACAAAAAAUUAGGGAGUAUAUCUAUUGUCUAUUUACAACAUUUAUAUAUAUAUAUAUAUCUAUGAUUAUAAAUCGAUAUUCAGACUUUCAAGUUUACUUAAUUAAAAAGGUUAUAUUACAUGAGGUAUAUAUGACAUUACAUUUAUAUAAAAG